AUGUCAGAGUACAAGUUAUAUUAUUUCAAUGGUCGUGGUCGUGGUGAAAUCACACGUUUAAUAUUUGCUGCAGCUGGACAGAAAUUUGAUGAUAUCCGAUAUGAUGAUGAUGCUUGGCCAGUACAUAAAAAUGAGAUGCCCUUAGGGCAAAUGCCAGUGAGCUCACGUUUUGUAGCCAAACAGUUUAAUUUAGCUGGCAAGGAUAAUUUAGAGCAAGCCAAAACUGAUGCUGUUAUCGACACAAUUGCCGAAACUGCCGAAAAAUUAGGACCAUUAAUCUUCGAAGAAGAUGAAAGUAAAAAGCAAAUAGAAAUGAAAAGAUUUAUAACAGAUGACUUACCAAAACAAUUAAAAGAUUUAGAUACAUUACAAAGUUCUUAUGGUCAAGGUGCACCGUAUUUUGUCGGAAAUUCAUUAACAUGGGCUGAUUUAAGUUUCUAUGAUGUCUCUCAAUGUUUAUUGGAUAUUGAUCAAAAUGUAUUAGAAAAAUAUCCAAAGUUAAAACGAAAUCGUGAAGAAGUUGCAAAACAACCAAAAGUAGCGGCUUAUUUAAGAAAUCGUCCAGAAACAUCAUUUUAG